AUGAACGAAACCAUCCCUGAAGACAACGGCAACGACCUGGCUGCACGCAUUUGCGCCGCUGGCAAGGUCCGCGAAGUACGCAUCAGCCGUGAUGGGCGGCACGUGGUCUACCAGGACCAGUACCAGUACAAGCCCAGCGACAGCGCGGGGACCCACGCUGAUUUAUGGGUCGCAGAGUUCGAUGCGCCCGACAGUGCCCGCCCUCUCGCAAAAGCAAACUGUUUCCAUGGCAGCACAGUGUUCCAUCCAGACGGAAAGCGGAUCGUAUUCUUGAGCGACCGCGAUACGCCUGGGAAGGCGGCGAGUCUGUAUUCGCUGGAAUAUGCUGUUGACGGCCCGGAAACGGAGCCGAAAAGAAUCAAAACAGACGGCAAGACGGUGCAAGGGUUCGAUAUAUCGCCGAAUGGAGAGUACAUUGCCUUUCUCAGUCCCGCGGAAGCGCCAGACGAGUAUACUGCGAGGAUCAAAACAAAGGACGAUGCAAGAGUGUAUUCGGAAAAGACUGGGCUGGCCCGUAUAAUGCUCUACGAGUUUGUAACUGGCAUAACAAGACCGCUGGAAGGGGUACGAAGCGACAUGCAUGUUGAGAGCUUCACCUGGAGUCCAAACAGCAAACAAAUCCUCUAUCGGCUGAGGGAAAACAAGGGUCCCGAAUACGCUGAAAUGCCAAUCAUCUGUGAACGGAUCGACAUCACUGGCGCCGGAAAGCCCCUUCAAAUUGCGACCUAUCCACGUUCUCCUGCGGGCCAGAGUAUCUGGCUUGGGUCUGGUCAUAUCGCAGACCUACACAAUCACGUGCCCAGCAACACUCUUGACGCUAGAACGCUGUUUGUGACGCCGGUGGACGAGCCGUUUUCGCCAACAGGGACAGGCUCAACAAAGAGACUAUAUGGCGAUGUCGAAGACGCAGUGCGGAUCGUGAAUAUGGAGCCGGGUGAUGAUAAUUCCGAACAGCAAGGGUUCAUCGCUGUUGAAGUCUGUAACGACCUUGAUACCCACAUAGAUGUGGUGACUUGCUCCAAAGAUAACCAAGUCCGCAGAUCGGUGCGACUGUUCGAAACGAAAGACGAUGCGGUCUGGUUUAGCGCCUGGGAUACAAAGCGGCUUGUUGAGGCAGAAACUGGACAAGUCUCUUAUGCAUUCGCGACGAUCCUCAGUUCGGCAAUCCGCCACGAACCACUCAACGCAUAUACCUUCCGAAUCAACACCGAUGGCGGGCUGAUCAAUCGAGUCAAAGUGUCUUCGCAUUUGCAAUGGCUAGCAGAUACCCCCAAAUUGCGGACCGAGAACGUGCGUUGGAUUGCCAAAGACGGUACGCGCCUGAGCGGUGUUGUUCGGUAUCCAUCCCAAUAUGAGUCUGGCAAGCUACCAACAGUACUCUUCCUCCACGGAGGCCCAUAUCGUCGCAUGAUACCUGACUACAUGCCCUAUUUUUGCAACUGGCGCGAAAUGUUUGCCUGGUCGGGUUACCUCGUGAUCUCGCCAAACUAUCGUGGCAGCCAAGGCCGCGGACACGACUUUGCCAGUGCAUCAGCCUUGGGAGUGGGUGUUCUAGACUGGGAAGACUGCGACAGCAUGGUCGACGAGUUGGUAAAUCGUGGACUGGUGGAUCCAGGUCGGAUGGCGGUCGCGGGCUGGAGCCAUGGUGGGUCGAUAGCAGCGUGGGGAGUGACCGAAACAAAAACACGCUUCAAGGCAGCUAUUAUAGGGGCCGGGGCGACAAACUGGGAAGGUAUGGUCAUGGAGAGCGGGUCUCCGGAGUUAGAGGGGGCAAUUGGGGGGAGCAUUCCUUGGAAAGAUUUCGACAAGUUUAUCCCAACUUCAGAACGAAAAACAUCGCCAGUCCAUUCCGUCGGUGGCGUCACCACUGCCUGCCUGAUUCUCCAUGGCGAUCGCGAUGAACGCGUUCCGUUGGGGCAGUCAAUCGGGUUUUGGCGCGGCCUCAAGAGAUGUGCUGCCCAAAGAGGAAAGGACGGUGCGGAGCUGGUGGUCUACCCUAGAGAACCACAUGGGUUUGUCGAGCGGAAACACGCCGAGGAUGUUUUGCGUCGUUCAGUCGCCUUUUUGAACAAGUGGUGUUAG